CACACAACUUAUAUUAUUUCUCAACUCAACAAUGGCAGCAGCACCAGCGAGAGCCGAGGUUUUGGCUCUCUUCCGAUCCCUUCUUCGCACAGCUCGGCAGUUCACCGAUUACAACAUCAGAGAGUACACGAAGCGCCGCACAGUUGACGCUUUCCGCCAAACCCAGAAGCUCAAUGAGCCUUCUGCUGUAGCCUCUGCGUAUUCUGAUGGAAAGGCUCAGCUGGAGAUAGCUAAGAGGCAGGCUCUGGUUUACCAGCUCUAUGCUCCUAAGAUUAAGAGCGUCAUGGACGUCGUCAAACCUCAUAUCUAAAGAUGCAGAGAUAGAUUCUAGGGUUUUGGGGUACUUAUUCUUAUAGUUAGUCUUCCUUUCUCUCAAUUUUUCAAUUAUAUAAAUUUUUAGGGUUUCUUUGUUUGGAUUUAUUACAAAUGAAAUUUAAGAUAUUGAAUUGAAAUGUUGGACAUGUUUAAUCACUGAUUUUGAAUAAAACCCAAAUUGUUAUAUUUAA